AAAAAGUUAAAAAAAAUAAUGUCAAUCAGUGGAUCGAGCAAGUUUUUCGAUUAUUGAAAUAUAAUUUAAAACAUAAUCAUUGUUUCUUUUAAUAAAAACGGAAAAACAUCUGCAAGUCAUUUUCCGUAAAUAAAAUCUAAUCUGAAGCAUUUGUUGUUAUAGAAGAUAAAAUGGACGGGGACAGUGCUGAUGCUUCUAAUUCAAAAUCUUAUUCUGGGAUUCCCGAAGCGCAGUUUGUGGACAAUGUUGAUGAAUUUAUGAACCAGCCUGAUAAUUCCGGCGGAGUAGAUAAAGUCCUUAGAAAACUUGAUGAACAACAUGGCAAAUAUAAAUUCAUGGAAUACACCCUCGCUACGAAGCGGAGGCGCCUACGCCAGCAGAUCCCAGACUUAGCUCGCUCUUUAGAAAUGAUUGAAAAGCUAAAGACUCAGUCUGAAGAUAUGGAAACCCAAUUUUUGUUGAGUGAUCAAGUAUUUGUGAAGGCAAAUGUACCACCGACCAAAAAUGUUUGCUUGUGGCUGGGAGCUAAUGUCAUGCUGGAGUACUCUCUAGAGGAUGCUGAGAAACUUCUGACACAAAACAUGGCAACCGCAAAGAAGAACCUAGCCUGUGUCGAACAUGAUUUGGAUUUCUUGAGAGACCAAUGGACUACCACAGAAGUGAAUAUGGCUAGAGUAUACAACUGGGAUGUGAAGAGGCGUAAAGCUGCUAAAUUAUCUAGCUAAUCACUGUUGAAUACAUUUUACAUGCUUAUUUAAUACACUAAAUCUUAUAACAAUAUCAAGAGUAUUUAUAGAGUCUGUUACACUUUGGAAUUAUAAUUCUUUCUUCCAUUAUCUUGGGAGAAACCUAUGUCCAGAAGUGACAUGACAUGGGUUUGUAGCUUAUGCUAAUAAUGAAUUAUGUAACAUUAGUUUCCUUUUGUACAUUGUGUAGGCUCACAUAAUCUCUAAGUCUUGUUCAAUAAAAAAUAGAUGUCCUUAUUAGAUUUUAUUGCAUUUGGAUUGAAAAGUAAACAAGUUUGAUUCUUCCACUGUUGUUAUAAAUGGUGCUCAAUUAUGUUGAAACAAGACAGUACUGUCAUUAACUUUUGACUUUUCUAAGUGAGCUAUUAUUAUUGUCUAUUGGUAUUAUAGUUAUAUUUAUCUAAGUUUUGUUUAAAUACGACUACUACUUUAAAUGUAAACAUUUCACCUUGAAAAAGAAUGUUAAAUUUUUGCCACAAUAUGAAAAUGUAACUCUUCAUGUAAAAACUGUAUUUUACCAGAAAUAAAUGCUCGCUUUUGUGUACAA